CUUAUAAUCAUUUCACAAUCAAAAUCCCAUAAAAGCCUAAGAAAGCUCCAUUUGUAAUUAUUAAGAUCAAAACAGCAGCAAAACUGCAAAAUCAACUUUAGUCACAAGUCAGAUGUUAGACAUUUUGACAGAAAUAACAUUUAAGUUGAAACAUAUAAAAAGUUCAUAAAACUGACCUUUUAAUUUUAUGAGGAGUUAAAUCAGCAAAGCAUUACUCACAGAUUAAUCAAUGUAUGUACUAGUACAAAUAUGCCAAUGCAGAAAAAAGAAUAGCAGUCAUUAUAUUACAUUUGAACACCAUUAUACAGAAAACAUAAAUUAAAGACCAUAAUGAGAAAGCAAUCUGUUAUCAAGACAAUUUGUGUUUUAUCAUUAUGUGCACUUUACUGCUAUACUUUAUGGCACCAACACAAAACAACAACAAAAAAUUUAAAGAAGAAGGCAGUGGACUUAGAUGGCAGUGAAGAGAUUGCAGAUAGUGAUAUUCACACCUUAACAUAUAAUGACAUUGAGAGCCAGUAUAGCAAUAUGUAUGAUAAUGCAAUAGAUGGUGGCAUCCAACAUGUAGAAACUUGGAGAAACAAGCAAGUGAAAGACUCAACACAAAAAGACGAAUAUUCCCAAAAUGAAGAUCUAAUGCGAGCCAAUUCAAAAAAGAAUCUAUCCAGUUAUGAUCGACUGAAUGCAACAAUGAAAUCCAGACUACCUCGGUUUAUUCUAGGAGGUGUUAAAAAGUGUGGAACGGGAACAUUAAUGACAUUUGUAAAUCGGCAUCCUCAGAUUAUUCGUUCUCAACUGGGGGGAUUUUUCGCGGAGUUUGUAAGUUUUAGUCAAGGAACUCAAUGGUAUUAUAACAAAAUGGUAGUGCCAACAAAGGAUCAUGUUGUCCUAGAAAGAUGUAAUGGAUGCUAUGAUACAUUACAAGCUCCUUGGAGAUUAACAGAGACACUGGGACAUGAUGUCUAUAUAAUAUGGAUAGUCAGAGACCCUAUGGAUCGUUUGGAAUCUGAAAUAGCUCAGCAGAUAUCUAACAAAGAGAACCAGUUCACCCCGGAGAACAUCCUAUAUAAAUCCAAAGAAAAUAUCACACAUAAUCAGAUAAUACGACGUGGACUUUACGACAUCUUUCUCCAACACUGGUUACAUUAUCUCCCGUUAGACCACUUCCUUUUCAUUGAAACAUCCGAUUUCAUCAAAAAACCAUGGGUGGAGUUAAACAGGCUAGAGAGAUUCAUGAAUUUGACAAGAUUUUUCAAUGAGGAUAUGUUUAUACCAGGAGAUGGACGAAAAGAUUUCUAUUGUAUCCGUAACACCAACUUAACAUCCAAAGGUGAAGUGACAUGUAUGGGCGAUGGAAAAGGAAGGGAGCAUCCUAAAUUUGAUACUGAAACGGCUGAAAUAUUAGAAAAAUUUUACCUUCCACAUAGUAAAGCUUUUUUUGAAAAGAUACAACAUAGUUACAAAUGGAGAGGCACUUAACUGUUUUUAUUACCUAUUAUUCAAUUUGUAUCUGAUAAAAACUGCUAGUUUGAUUUAUUCUUUCAAAAUAUGAUACCUCAUUAAAAUGUAAAAACAAUAGAUCACUUGACAUAUGUAGAGAAAAAUGAACAUGCACUUUGAAAAUGAACUUAGACUCAAUCAAUAGAAUAAUACAAUUAUGUAAAUGUAAAACACAAAAUUUGUAUGUAAGGUUCUACUUUCCAAAUCCAUUCCAACUCUGCACAAAACAUUUCUUAGAUUUUUCACUCAAACUUCCCUUAUAAUCUUAACCAUAUUCAGAGCAAUUUAAAGGGAGUUUUACCGAACAGGAUAUAAAGAAGUUUUACUUGUUCUUUGUGCUCAAUAUAUAGAUUUGCACAUAAAACAACUCAAAUCAAUAUUUAACAUUGUAGGUCUAGUACAUUGAUAGUGGAUUUUCAAAAGCUUUCUUUGAGAAUAAAUAAAAUAUAAAUAAUAUAAAUGAUUAAAAUUUUAGCCUCACCAUAUUCUAUAUUUGUACAGGAUGAUAUGAACAAUUAAUUUUAAUUUGUCGAGAGAGUGAUAUAUUAUUGGAAAACUACAUCCAAUGGUGUUUCUGUGUUAAUUUGGUGUAACACAUAAUUCAAACA